ACUCUGCACCUGUACCGGAGAGGAGAGGGCAAGGACGAGCGAGACAGUGCCGGUGCUUCUCUCUCUCUCUCACACACACACAUACGCACACACACACACACGCACGCACGCACACACACGCACACAGGAAUAGGAAUAGAGACGCAUAGACGCGUGCGCGCGCUACCGGCCCGAAGCCGGUUGCAUAAAAAAAAUAAAAAAUAAAAAGCAACAAAAAAAAGAAAGAAAAAAGCAAACAGAAAAAGAAAGAAAGAAGCUCAUUGAUGUGCUGAUGAUUCUAAUGUAAAAAUUUCCAUUUCGGGAAAACAGAAAGGAAUUUAAAAAGAAAACAGGAAGGAAAAAAUAAGGAAAGAAAUGCGCGCGCUGUCGGUGAGUCUGUGCCUCGCGCUGCUGGUGCUGCUGCCGGUGCGCGCGUGCGGUCCUGGCCGCGGUUACGGCCGGCGGAAGCACCCGAAGAAGCUGACGCCGCUCGCGUACAAGCAGUUCAUCCCCAAUGUGGCGGAGAAAACGCUGGGCGCGAGCGGGCGCUACGAGGGCAAAAUCACGCGCAACUCGGAGCGCUUCAAGGAGCUCACGCCUAACUACAACCCGGACAUCAUCUUCAAGGACGAGGAGAACACGGGGGCCGACCGGCUCAUGACCCAGAGAUGCAAAGACAAGCUGAACUCGUUGGCCAUCUCUGUGAUGAACCAGUGGCCGGGGGUGAAGCUGCGCGUGACCGAAGGAUGGGACGAAGACGGACACCAUUUUGAGGAGUCGCUUCACUACGAGGGCCGAGCCGUGGACAUCACCACGUCCGACCGAGACAAGAGCAAAUACGGUAUGCUGUCGCGGCUAGCUGUGGAGGCCGGCUUCGACUGGGUCUACUACGAGUCCAAAGCUCACAUCCACUGCUCCGUUAAAGCAGAGAAUUCAGUGGCGGCGAAGUCAGGUGGUUGUUUUCCCGGCUCGGCUCGGGUGCGCCUGAAGGAUGGAGUGCUGAAGGAGGUGAAGGACCUGAAAGAGGGAGACGAGGUCCUGGCGGCGGACGAGUCGGGGAACCUUGUCUACAGCGAGGUCAUCAUGUUUGUGGACCGCGACCGCACCAAGAGACGAGCUUUCCAUGUCAUUGAGACCAGGAAUCCACUGAUGCGGGUCGUCCUCACCGCCGCGCAUCUCCUCUUUGUUGUACAGAACUCCACGCUGACCGAGAUAUUUGCCAGCGACGUCACACCGGGGCAGGAAGUCAUGAUGCUGGACAAGGGAGGUCAGCGUCUUCGUGCGGUCACGGUGGAUCGUGUUUACCAAGAAGAACAUAAGGGGUCCUUUGCGCCGCUCACGGGUCACGGCACCAUCGUAGUGGACGACAUCCUUGCUUCCUGUUACGCUGCAGUAAAGGACCAAAAGCUGGCGCACAUAUCGUUUGCCCCCGUCCGCUUUGUCCACAAGGUGGCGCCGUUUUUGUUCACCAGACCGGCCCAGGACGGCGGCGUGCACUGGUACUCUGACUUUUUGUAUCAAAUUGGGACAAGGAUUUUAGGUGAAGCUGCUUUUCAUCCACUCAGCAUGGAGGACAAGAGCUGAAAGACAUCUCUCUCUUUCUCUCACUCUCUCUUUAUAUAUACAUAUAUAAAUAUAUAUAUCAAAGACUAAUGUAGGACACAAGACAAUAUUAGAAUCUAAAUAAAAAGAGACAAACGGGCCCCCCUUUCUGGAAGAGGAAAAAAAGAGGAGGGAUAUUUAUUAUUUUACAGACGCCAUCUCAAAAAAAAAUGGGAAAAAAAAGAAAGAAAUGGAGCCUUAAAAGUGUCCUGAAUAAUUUAUUCACACAUGAACUCGGGCUGCUGAUCUCACACACACACACACACACACACACACACACACACACACACACAGGAUUGUGUUUCAGCAUGUGUGUGUAGCAUCCGGAUGUGCAGAAUCUAUUUUUGUAUACUUAAAAGAAAGAAAGAAAGAAAAACGAAUGAAAAAUUGUUGUGCACGACCGAGGCAUGUGCCGAUCGUCUCACGUCUUUCUUCGUACUGUCGUCAGUCAAUGAGGGGGCGGGGCUUAACUUAAACAUCCUGAGAAACAGAAAAACUUACGACGUGACAAGACGGCUCAAAUUUUAACUUAAACCCCGCCCAUUUUUCAGACUUCAGUCAAAACCGUUGUGUUCUCGUUCAAAUUUCUCCAGUAACAAAAAGACUUUAAAAUGCUGCCUCCUUUAAUGGGACAAAAAAAAAAAAAAAAAAAAAAGGCCUCGUCCCAAAUAGCGAGGUUAUUUUUAAAGGUUAUUUUCUCGGCACAUGCCUGCGUGCGUCUGUCUAUCUGUCUGUCUGUCUGUCUGUCUAUCUGUCUGUCUGUCUGUCUGACUGACUGACUGACUGUUAUAUAUAUUUUUUGGGAUUGGGGGGUCCAUAAAUUAUAUUUUUCUACACAGAAUUGUAAAUUAGAUUUUGACUGUUCGAUCGUUACCGAAUCACUUGAAAUAGUGUAAAUUAUGAGAAUAUAUUUUAAUUUAAAUAGUCACAGAGUUCCUUUGUGCUAUUCUCCUUCUUAUUUGUAUUAUUAUUAUAAUUAUUAUUGUUAUUAUUAUUAUUAUUUUACUAUUAUCAUCAUUAUUUUUUUGUCAUAAUUUUUACCUCAUGUUCAUUUUUUUUUUUUUACUUCCCUUGUCCUUCCUCUUUUAUGGAAAUCAGAACUGCACAUUUUGGACGUCUCGCUCUCCUAACCGAAGAGUUACGGACUGAAUUACAACGUAACUCGUGUAAAUUUACUAAAAAAAAAAAUGUAUUUUUUAUUUCCUCCA